AUGUCGAUGUCCAGCGGCGGCGUUGGUCCUUGCGUCUUCUGGGCCAGUCUCCUUCUUUGCUGGCGUCCGCAGCCGAUCAGGGCCAACGUUAAGUACAGCCAGCGAGUCUUCGUCGAUUCAAACGCCCUAGGCUUCGCCGACCCUUUGAAGCAUGGCUUCCACGUGAUCUUGUCCGACGAGUUCAUCGCCUCCCACCUGCAGCCGACGCAUCUACCAACGCUGUUCAUCAGCGCCAUUCCGUUGAACGACGCCGAAACCCGAGUGACGAAGUUGGCCUAUCCGGAGAACAUACAGGACGGCAAGCUGAUCAGCAUUUUUCACCUGCAGCAAGCGUUCUAUCGAAAGAUCAGCAAAGGAAUGGAAACUUACAGCCGGCUGCUGCAUUACCGUCACAGUGCCAUCGAUGGCAUUUUCAUUCCUUAG